GUCGCUGUCGCUACUUGGUCAGUCGCGCCAACGGUCCGGUCAGGCGCUGUCGCGAGGUUACUGUUACAUUCUCGCAUACGAACGCGAUUUGCCCGAUUUCGCUCGUAAGAUCUUGCCAGUUCUGCGAGAUAUACCGCGACCAGUGUCUCGUCUCAUUGCGUCGUACCUCGUGUCCUCUUGCCGGCAUAAUUAUAGAGAGCGAAUCUCAGCUUUGUCCUUAACUACACCUCUCAACGCUCCUCAUCUCUCCACGUUUCCUCUUCGCUGUACGAGCGAAUUACUAUAGAUGUGAUAUCUCGUGAGCGCCUUUGGAGAGUUUCUUUCGUUUUCUCUGCUUUCCUCUGACGAGAGCGUUCGCACCGUGACUAAUUCAUGUGCAAAUAAGUUACUUGUGAACGAAACCGCAGACACGACAAGUACAACACUACGCCCUGCUCCGCGUCGCCGGUACCUUUGUUUCGUAUCGAGUGUAGAAGAGUGUGCAUAAGCGUGUAGCAGAUAACCAAGACGAAUUCUCGCUUGGCGAGUCUCUUCUGCGUUGUCGCCGUCCUUUUUUCCGCAGGCCGAAUGUCGCUCAUCUCCGUCAUCGAACCAGUAGAUGACAAAGAGCCACCAGUCGGCCGAUUUGCUACCAGAAGGAAGAGCGUCUUCGCGGAGACCUACAAUCCCGAGGAAGAUGAGGAGGAUGACGGCUUUAAGAUGGUCCAUCCAAAGAGCGACGAGCAGCGACAGAGGCUCAGCGAGAGCGUCAAGAACAUACUUCUGUUUCGCGCCUUAGACGAGGAACAAAUGGCGGAUGUAUUGGACGCGAUGUUCGAAAAAACCGUUCAACCGGGAGAAUUUAUUAUCCGACAGGGCGACGAUGGUGACAACUUUUAUGUGAUCGAGAGAGGGAAAUUCGAGGUUUACGUGAAGGAUCCCACGGGGGUGGACAUGCUUAUUCACACUUACGAUAAUCGCGGCGCUUUCGGAGAACUGGCCCUUCUAUACAACAUGCCCAGAGCAGCUACUGUAAAAGCCAUCACACCCGGCACACUUUGGGCCAUGGACAGACAAACUUUCCGGCGUAUUCUCCUCAAAUCCGCGUACAAAAAGCGCAAAAUGUACGAGGACCUCAUCAACAAAGUGCCGAUGUUGAAAUCCCUCGAGUCUUACGAGCGUAUGAAUUUAGCGGACGCCCUUGUACCAAAACAGUAUUCAGAUGGUGAGCAAAUAAUCAGGCAGGGCGACACGGCGGACGGAAUGUACUUCGUCGAGGACGGCAUCGUCAGGAUCACUAUACUCGGCGAGAACGGCCGUGAAAUCGAGAUUAAUCGCGUUCCGGCCGGCGGUUAUUUAGGCGAACUGGCACUCGUAACGCAUAAACCACGUGCUGCUUCGGCCUACGCUGUGGGGGACAUCAAGCUGGCAUUUUUGGACGUUGAAGCUUUCGAGCGCCUGCUCGGCCCGUGUAUGGAACUAAUGAAACGUAAUAUCGACGAUUAUGAGGAUCAACUAGUCAAAAUUUUCGGCAGCAAAACCAACAUCUCGGACAUCCGAUGAACUGUCCCCGGACAGCUAAUCGUCGCCGCGCUGCUGUACUAAAAGACACGACGCCUUACGUACAGCGUAAUAAUGUAUAAGGAGCACAAAAGAACUUGUACCACCUACUUCUGAAUCUCAUCCGCGUGUUUUCGAGUGUCAUCUCUCAGAGUCGACUUUCGUAUUGACUAUUCACCUAGACGUAUACACCGAUGUAAGACUCGUCGAUGAUAGUUACCAAGUUUAUACCUGUGACACACACAUUGAAGGCAGAAAAAAAAGAAACAGCUGUUGGCCGCGUUCUCCGACGACUGUGCGUGUAUGUAACACAGCCGCACGACAAAAAAGAAACACGGUAUUAUAUAACGUAUCCUCCAAGACUGCGCGAAAAAAAGAAGAAGGGCGUUAGCGCAUUCUGCCGCCCGCUCGGUCGUUCGCGAAAGUCGCGCCGCGGGAAUUUUCAGGUGUUCUCUAUCUCUCUCUCUCUCAACUGAUUUUGCGUUUGCACUAUCCGCGUUAUCGUCUACCCCGCGACACUUCGGCAUUUCAGAUCUUGGACAACGCUUUAACACCCGACUUACCCCCGAAACAACUCGGUGUACAUCUCUAUCUGUGCACACGACCAAUACACUCGCGCGUUGUCCAUUUUUAAACCGUCUGCACUUAUAUAUUUUUUUGCACGACAUUGCCAAAAAUCUAAACUAUUCGAAAUCGAAUGCUUCUCUCCUUUGAGUUUCGCCCCGCGGAUAGAUUGCGAAACGGUUGCUUAUUAGUUGCACGUUGACGUGAAUCUCGCGAGAAUUUUAGAGAAAAUACCGAUAAUAUGCAUAUCACUCUUUCAGAGAUAAUGAAAGUAACAUAUUGCCGUCGUUGAAUAAAAAAAAAAAAAAGAAGAAAAAGGAAAAAAGACGGAACUGUACGAUAUUCUUUGAUACCUCCACAUUCAGCAACAAGUAAUGUCUUGAUAAAAUAUCAGAUUCGACAAUCAAUGUUUCCUUUAUAAUUUGCUAUAAUUCGUACAUUAGACGCGCAAUCCACACUUUACGAAUGCGAACACGAACAUACACGCACACAAAACACGUCACACGCGGCGCACAUGAUAUGCUCGUGGCGAAAUAAUUUUUAAGCACAAUAACAUUUAAUGUUCUCAGUCCAUAGAGUGUAGUAUCUCCAUUCCAUUCUUUUACUAUAAUUACGACUUUUCUAUGUGGAGUAUUUUAUUAACAUCAUUGUUUAUGUUUGUAUGAUGGCUUUUAAUCGGAUAUAAUUAGAUCAAUCUCUUUGGUGCAGGAACGAACAUCCACGUCGUUUUCAGAGAAACUCGCACACCUUAUGCAUUUUGAGGUUCGGCUUUUACGCCUUAUAUAAUACACAAGAUGCGCGAGCCUCAACGGAAUCGCCGAGGACGUUUCUACGCAAAAGACUUACUUGUAAUUAUUUGUGAUUAAAGUAAAUUAGCGCACGGUAUUACGUACUACUAGUUUCCUAUUUAAGAGAAAGUAUCAAUUACAUUCUAAAGUCGCAGACUUACUCUCGAAUCUCCGAAAGAAGGCACAUACUUCAUCGACCCGUAAUACCCGUCACGGCGCAUACUUCUCUCACGCUGAAACGUCACCUCUCGAGUAAAAUCGCCGAUUCACAACACUCGCUUAUCUAUCGUUAAAAGAUCGAUGACGCGAUUGUCAGACUCGUACAAAUGCAUUCUAUUUCGGAUAUAGAACAGUUCACUCUACACGCGUAGAGAAUCCAAGAUUAGCGAGCCUUAAGAUUGGCUUAGACGCGCGGACGCGUAGUGAUGCGUAGCGAUGCGUUGCGAGGCGAGUGUAUUCAUUGCAUGUGCACAAAAAUAAUGUCGGGAGAAAAAUGCGCGUUUACGACGGCUGGCCACAUAUGUGCAAACACGAUCGCUACGAACGGCACAAGAAAGACAGAAGCGGUUUUACGUAACCGCUCUGCGACAAUGCGCUCACGUGCGUCGAUAAUCCACGUAUGUACCGUUGUUCGCGUGAGGAUAGAAAAAAAACGAUAGAUGCGCAUUGUUCCGAAAGAAGUGUGCCGAAAUUGCGAGACAUAUAACUCACUGAAAAGUCGUAACGCCGAGAUUCGAAUAUCGAAAGGCAAUUUCCCGAAAUAUAAUUUCAUCGAAAUAUUGGCACUGUUGUCUUGCUGUACAGCAACUACAUUGGUAUCAUAUGAAUACAGCAAGAAUGUGGCCAAAUUGAUCGAUAUUGAUACAUAUAAAAAGCAACUCCGUUAGUGUAACUGAAUUUUCUGUCACUCGGAAACCAGAUGGAAAACUCGGUUAUAGGAACAGAAGAAUUCCUGUAGGAUGUUUCUGCUCACCAGCCAAUUACGCUCAAUUAUCUCUCAACUGAGUUUUGACGCAGCUGAAUGUCCAGACGAAUAUUUUCGCUCACAACAACAGAAAUAUGAUUUCUCGUCAGCGAGUUUUUCAUCUGGUCCUCAUUCAGUUACGCGAAUUCUUUUUCCGUGUGUGCACAGUCAGCUGAUCGAGUGCAGCAACAUUCUUCCUCGAUAAGUUUCGCAAUGCGUAUUUGGUGGACAAAGCGUAUAUUUCCUGAGAAUUAUUGAAAAACAAAUUCUCUUUUAUUGCAUUACGAAAUUUGUCGAGAAAAAUGUUGAGCAACCUUUAAUCAGCCGCGGCUGUACGGUUUUGCGGUAACAGUUCCUUCUCAGAGCGAGUGUACACUUCGGGGUAUUAUCUCGAUAUUCGAGUUUCGAUUUUAUGCCUUUUCGAAAAUUCAUUCUGACUUCUGAACUUCUGAUUUUUCGGGACAAUGCAUAUCCAUCGAAGAAAACGCGAAUUUGUGAAAAUUCAACACGGCGACCGCGCGUCAAGCCAACGUUACAUUCAAGUGUGUCUCGCCGAUAAAUCGUGGUAACGAGAUCGAUCAUUGAAAAUCCGUCAACUUAUUUUUAUUACGUGUGUACAAUACACGUUAUAUAUACAUAUAUGCGAUAUAUAUACACGUACAUAUACAUGUAAACGAUAUACGUCUGUCGUCGAAAAGGUCCAGUCGGGAACUCGAUUCGAUUGUUGUACGAACAAGUGCGAAUGCUAGUCACUUUUUACGACCGUGUGCCAUUGUCGCGAUCUCCUGCUAACGGUCACGCUUGGUCAAGGCAAUUGAGGAACACUUCAUAUUACCGUGAAUCGAAUUAUUGCGCGACCGAAACUAAAUCGCCGCGAAGCGACACUUUUGCUUUUCUUUUAAAUAAUAUCACAAUCGUGCGAGGGAGAAAGGGGAGAUUAGUACGGAGAUGAGAUUAAACACGAACUUGUUAGUAACAAUUGGAAUUGUUAGCCGUAAUUGCGUUAUUGUUGAUUCUCUUCGCACGCGAUGUCUCGUGCUUUAAUUUAUUUAUUGUUUUUCUAUAUUCGUUUCUUCUCUCUUCAUUUUUAACACGCGACUUGUUCGCACGAGACAAUUUUCGUGCCGAAUCUCGCGCGCAAUUGUGUUCAAGCGAAUAAAGAUUAACAUUUAACGAAGGAAAUAUAUCAGACCAGCGAUCUGGAGAGGAUUCACACUGUUUAACGUUCGCAGUUGAAAACUACACUUUCUUUUUGAUGUAAUGUCAGCGUCUUUAGUCUUCCACUGUAUCUCCAGGUGUGAUAUUAUUUCUGACUGAGUAUUUUAUUCCUCUCUCUCUCUCUCUCUCUCUUUCUCUCUCUCUCUCUUUCUCUCUCUCUCUCUCUCUCUCUCUCUCGUAGAUUGUUACGAGAAGAAUAACAAAUCAAGAUAACGAAGAGUACUGUAAUCGUUGUCGAAUUCGCGUGAGACAUCCAAAGUCGGCGGAUUAUGCCUUCAAUUGACUCGGCCGAUGUUCUGUAUACGCAACAAGUACGACGGAAAUUUCCGGAAACAACAAAAGUGACGCAAUCAUUGUUGGACACAAGAAAACACACCGAGGUGUUUGCAAACCAAAAAAAGAGAAAAAACACAAAGAAAUAAGAGAAGAAACGAUUAAAAAAAAAGAAUUAUUCGCACACUAAUUAAAUUAAAUUAAAUUGAUACGCAUAAGUACUUAUUACUUGUGUUAGGUUACAUUCGAUGAAAUUAAGUGUAAAUCAUUGAAGAUAGGAGUCUAUCCAAUUCGCGUUACUGUAUGUAUCUACCAUGUGAUUCGUCUUACAUGUUGUUGCGUGUUGCUCUUUGUAUGCGUGAGUAUGCGCGUGUGUAUUGUAUCGUGUUGAUGUAUUAUGCGUGCAUCGUAUGCGUGAGUGAGUAUGUGUGUAUGCGUGUGUGUGUGUGUGUGUGCGUGUGCGCGCGCACGCGCGUUAUAACGAUCGAGUCGAUAAUUUGUUAAUUUAUGUUGCAUCGUCGAUAGUUUACGCUCCUCUGCUCCCGAUAUAGUUGUAUAAUUCAUGUUAUAUCGUCAUGGAAGGUAAUGCAAUACACACCGAGAUAUGUCCUAUGGAUGAAUAUUGUAAUAGUGGUAGUGAUAGUAGUGUAGAAGAAGAGAGUACGCCUUAACUGUGCCACUGAGAUCUUCGCCUUUCUACUUCCAAACGAAAAAAGAAAACGAAAAGGAGGAAAGGAUUCACGAAGAAUCGAAGAUAUGCAAGAUUUCGCUAUGCGCGCGACCUGAAUUUGUGUAUUCGCGGAAUUUGAGUUCGCAGGGGAAGGGAGAAUUAAUUCCCCCUUCUACAGGCGCGAUUCGGCCAUCGUAGAGGCUUGAGCACCGCCUCAAAAGUUGAAGAAAGCGAUGAAUCGUGGGAAGCCUUGAAUAUCUCGGAGGACUCUCGACAGUUUUAACGUAUCUAAAACUCGCGCGAGAACGUCGGGACCGUCGAUAAUCUUGAGUGUCGAGGACUUGGGCGAAAAUCGGAGAAGAUGCUAAUUACUGUAAAUAUUACACAUCGUUAUUGCAAUUGAGAUAUACGCGGGAAAGCAUUUUUAUUUCGGAUCUGAAACGUAGUACAUUUUCAAAAUUCUCAAAGCUUUCAAUGAAUGUUAAUGCUUUUCGGAGAGGAGUUCUUCAGGAACUCCCGAUUAAUAAUGCCCCUUUUUUGAUACUGUGGAUCGAGUUCUUCAAGAUCUUCCAGCCUCCUCCCGAUCUCGGAUUCGAAACGAUUCGGAGCGCUUGUUCCGACGUUAGCUGUAUCGCGAUUCUAGUCCAAUGCGACACAUGAUGUAGAGAAAUGUCUCCGACCAAAUAUAGCGUGUAUCGAGCCAGAAGAGAGUCAGCGAAUUCACCGCGCGCUGACUGUAUCCAUGAUACGUGCCAGUAACACUCACUGUUUAUCUUUCACGCAUAAUUUAUGUUUUAGCGCCACCGCGCUACGACGCUCAACGACGUCCGAUCGUGUUGAAAUGUAUGCACGUCGUUACGCGUUAGCAAUGCCAUCGUGCAUGUGUCAAUGCACACCUCGCGUCGGACCAAUUUCACACAGCGAUUGAGCUUGCGACUGAUUUCCUUCUCUCAUCUCUCUCUCUCCCCUCUCUCUCUCUCUCACUCACUCUCACUUUCUCUCAUCUCUCUCAUCUCUCCCUUCUCUCUUUCUCUCAUCUCUCUCUCCCCUCUCUCUCUCUCUCACUCACUCUCACUUUCUCUCAUCUCUCUCAUCUCUCCCUUCUCUCUUUCUCUCAUCUCUCUCUCCCCUCUCUCUCUCACUUACUCUUUCACUCCACCCCCUUUCUCUCGUGUACCAUCUCCGCUGGAUAUCAGCGAAUUUCUCUUCUAUGACGUGCACUUGAUUUAGUUGAUUUCAAAAUGGUUCAAACAUUUUCAUUUUUUCCAACGCUUUUUGGAACGUGAUCGAUAAUCCAACGAGAGAACUUUCUAAUUAAUUUCCAAAAGUUCCCUCAACUAAAAAACUCACAUCCAACUCUAAAUUCAAAUCUGAAUAUCUCAUUUGAAACAAGUUUCAAGUAACCACCAUUAAUACAGAACCUAGGAGAACAUGUAGAAAUUAAUGAAAAACAAGUUUUCUCAUUGGACCAUCGAUUACAUUCUGAAACGCGUGCAAUAAAAAACAAAUGUUCAAACCAUACUGAAGCAAAGUGUACGUCAUGUAAAAAAGAGAACGCGAAAUGUUAUGCUCGGUGCUGACGAAACUCCACUGCUUCUCGAUUCGCUCUUCGUGCGAUUUCAAGUGUCAUCUUCACUCAUUUGCUGCAGAUGAACUUUGUACGAGCCCUAGUCCUACUUGCACUUGAGAAGGAUUUCUCCCAAAGUGCGAUCUCUCGAUUCUUGAAGCAUGCCUUUGUAACGCGAGGGAAGGCAAUACGAGUCCUAAACUUGAUUGCGUGCUGACAAUCCGAUGUCACUAUGUAUAUGUACGAGGCUCGUAUUGCAAAAGUGAAUUGACGUUCUUACGUUUCGCUCUAUUCUUCGGUUAUCACUCAAGUGUUCAAUGACACAAAUCUUUCAAUAUCUCGACCGAUAUCUCAUCAUUGUUUUCUCUUUCAUUUUUAGAUAAUACCAAAGUAUAUUUCCUGUUACGAGAGGAUUAUAUGUUGAAAAUUCUUUUUUAUCUUAAGAAAUAUCUGACAAUGACGACACGUGUCCCAAUUUAAGGAAAAAAGAGGGAAAAAAGACUAGCAGAUACGAAAAAUCGAGACGUUCCAUAGACUCCGGAACUACUACUGUCUCUUUUUCUUUCUCUCUUUGCGUGUACUCUUGUCACUUUUCAUUGCUUCUUUAGACCAAAGCAUGAUAAAGAGAAACUUUCUUUCUCUCUCUCCCUCUUUCUAAUUGUAAUAAAUGUUUAAUAAAUUUAGAGUAUACAUUAGCCUCGAAUCGAAAUGUGUCUGUGUACACGUUGCUUGAAACGUGACGUACAUUAUAUACACGCGGAGAACAACUCGCGGAACGCGGUCCUUUGUGUUCCAUUAGCGACGAGUAAGAAGUAUCGAUCUUGUAGCGAGUUCUCGAACGAGUUGUGGGAACAUACCGCUUAAAAGCGAGAGAGAAUCAUGUCGAGACUCGCUGGAAAGUACCAUCUAAUCUCGUGCAACUCGCUCGACGACGUGUGUCCACCCAAUGUGUCGAUAUUAUCCGUUACCUUGUAACUUGAGGAGAAGGAAAGAAGAACCGCGCAGAGACACAUAGUUCUCUUAGUUGUACAACACAAUCGGCUUGCGUAUCGCGUUUAUCUCGGGCAACACACUUUCGCAUUGAUUUAUCGUAUAAUAUAAAAUAUUUAUUAUAGGUGACGAUGUAUAAAUUAUAUUCAGUCUGUCUACUUGAUUUUUAACGAAUUGCGGUGAAUCCGUUGUUUAGGCGGAAAGUCCGAUUAAUUUGAUCAGUAUUGAAUUAAAUAGUAUUGAUUUUACGGGUGAGAGGAAAUUGUUCAGAAGUGACGUCGACGUCCUUCGAAGAAAAUGACUGUUCCGUUGUAGUCGCGACUCUUAUGUUCUACGUCUGAGCAUCGAGGAUCUUCACGUCUCUGUUACCUAUAUUAAUAGUCGUCAUUCGAAACUUGUCUCAGGUGAGAUACUCAGAAUCGGAUUUAGAGUUGGAUGUGAGCUUUUCAGAUGAAUUGCGCGAUUACAAUGUCGCAUAUAUCAUAUGGUUCGAAUAAAAGAUUCAGAUCUAACUCUAAAUUCAGAUCUGAGUACCUCGCGCGUGGAAUAAUCUUUAAAAAUAAGCCAAGUGACGACUAUUAAUACGGGCCUGUAUUUUCCGACGCGACCCGCUCAAAUCGCAUCACCUUGCACAAUACCGAUACUACCGCUUGGAGCGCGACUCUCCCCGCCGGAAUUGUAUAUUUAAACUGAGUAAAUUUUAUACAUAUAUGCGCAUGCGUAGGGACGUUUCUAUUUACGACAAACCGUGUUGUAAAUUAUGGGAUAGCAAUGUACGUACUUAAUGCCCUUUCGUUUCGCGAUAUGUAUGGUGUGUGUGUGUGUGUGUGCGUGGGUGUGUGUGUGUAUAUAUGUGUAUAUAUAUAAAUAUACGUGGUACACACACACACACACAUAUAUGCAUACAUACAUUUAGGUAUAUAUAUACAUAUAUAGCAUAUAUUAUGUACACAAUUGUUAGGUAUAUAUAUACAUAUAUUAAAGAUAUCAGUAUAUAUGUCGAACUCGUUUCCAGCUGGUCUGAUCGGGUAUCAUUCGUAAUAAUUAUAAUGUGUUAAACAGUCUCUGACAGCGAUGCGAUCCAACAGUUAUAAUCGAGAGAUCCGCAUGCAAUCGCACGAUUUAUUGUACGAUAUAUGACGCAGAUGUAUGUCCAUAUAUAAUUUGUUAAUAUAUCGAGAGAAGUAAAGAGAUUUUACUAAA